CUCCAGGCCGCUGACGUGAUCAGCUGACCUGUCAAACAGCGUGUGCUGUGGUGUUGUGUUUGUUUGCGUCGCUUAACGACACGCCGAAGAUAUGGCAGCCAAAAUGGAGCUCGCACCCCUCAGACCGUGGGACGACUUUUUCCCCGGAACGGACCGAUUCGGCAAGCCCGAUUUCGGAGACUUAGCAAAGUGGAACAACAGAGUGAUCAGCAAUCUGAUGUACUACCAGACGAAUUACUUCGCCGUGGCUAUGGUGGUUUUCCUCAUUGUAGGGUUCAUGAAUCCAUUUGGCAUGUUCCUGGGUGGAGCUGUGGUGGCACUGGUCUUUGCAGGAUCAGUCUGGGCAGGAGAAAAUAAGGCCACUAUCAAGAACUUCAAAAGGAAGAACCCCACUCUGUUUGUCAUUGGUGUCAUGGUCACCAGCUACUUUCUGCUUUCACUCUGUGGUGGAGUCAUGGUCUUCAUCUUUGGAAUCACCUUUCCUUUGCUCUUAAUCUUGAUCCAUGCCUCUUUGAGACUUCGCAACAUGAAAAACAGGCUGGAGAACAAGAUUGAAGGUGUUGGGCUAAAGAAGACCCCCAUGGGCAUCAUCAUGGAUCUCCUGGACCAACAAGAGGAGAAAAUUAAUAAGAUUCAGGAUUUCAUUGAAAACAAACUGAAGGAGUAAGAGUGCAGCCAAGAGUGUGCCAAAAGAAAUCAGUGUCAUACAGUAUGGAUUAAAGUUUCUGUAGAAUUGUCUGAUAAGUUCCAGUAUAAGCCCCUUAUAAUAAUAAUAAUAAAGUUACAGAUUUUUUUUCCCCUCAUUCCCACUUUUUUUUUACCCAUUUUAGUUUAAUAUAUGCUCUUACAUGUUUGUGUGAGUUCACAAUAUCUAAGGGGUAAAGGUGAAUCAUGUCAUUAUAACAGGGUUCGCACAAUCAUUGUAUGGAUUGGAUGUUGGGAUCAAAGUUUUUAGCAUUCCUGUGUCAAAAUAUGUCCACAGACGCAUAAUUCCCCAUCGUUGACAGUGCACUUUGUUCUACACAGUAAUCAAGUAUUUAUUCAAUCCAAAUAAAAUAGAAUGUUUGAGCUGAAUAAACAGUGAUUAGAUACCAGUUAUAUUUGUUCAAAAAAAAAAAAUUCAUUUCCUUUCAGUUUGCUACCUCAAAAUGAGCACGUUUAUCUUUAUUCUCACCGAGUAGACCCAGAUUACCAAAACGCACCGCUGCCACCAAGUGAACUGCUUAUUAAACCGCAAUAACUCCAAUUUUGUCAUUGCAGGAGCUUGCUUUAUGAAUGCUGAAAAAAGUUUGCUUCUUGCAUAGACAUUGUUACUUGUCCUUACUCAAAAUAAUAAUGCAGUGUGGAUAUUCGAUUUGUCACAAGAUUUGUGCAUACAGUUUCUGACUGUACACGGUGGCCUGAGUGCAUCCCCUCUGUUCACAGCUAUGCAAUACGGAAAAAUGAAUGGCAAGUGCAGCUUUAUCGUUUGAGUAUAUGUUAUGUAUAUUUUUGUUAUUUCUGAUGUGUCAUUAUUUUAGCAUGCAGAAAUGUAUUUUAAAAAUAAAUUUUCAACUGACUUUUAGCACAUUUCCCUGUUCAUUAGUCGACAUCUCAUGGAAUUCUGAAAAAAGUUACAAUAAUUAUUAUUUUAUACUGAUAUACUUAUACUGAUCUGUUCAGAAAUGCACACUGAACGCAGUUUGUACUGCUACCUACUCAAAUGUCAGUUCAUUUUUAAUUGGUUUGGGAUGCAGCAUUAUGUGUGUGUGUGUGUUAUAUGUUUUUUGGUGACAUUUCCAUUCUUGAAAAGUGAUGAAUAGAAAUAAAAAUUGGCUGUCCUCUAUAAAAAUAAAUGUAAUUUGAUUUACAGUGCAAAAGUCUCAAGCCAUCGCUCAUAUCUAUAUUUUGCUGGGAAAAUAAGAAGUGGGUGAAGCAAUUUCAUGAAAUGUGCAAACAUCAAACAAAUACAGCAUAUGAGGUAAAAA